AUGACAAGUGACACAAACUCUUCAGAAUCUGGCUUGUCCUCAAAAAAAAAUUCUAAAGUAUAUGACAACUACUUGAAAGAAUUGAACGAGGACUUAAAGUUAAGAAAGCAGGAGCUUCUAGAGAUGCUGAAACCUCUGGAAGAUAAGAACAAUCUCUUAUUGCAGAAGGUAAUGGCUAACUUGGAGGAAAAACAAAGGAGUCUGCAGAUCAUGAGGCAGAUCAUGGCAGGGAAAAGGUGUGAUGAAUCUUCAGUCAUGGUGCUCAUUACGGAAGCAGAGGAGAUGAAACAGAACUUGGAAAAGAAAAACGAGAUGCUUCGGAAGGAAACGGAAAUGCUAUGGAACAAGACAUUUGAGUCAGAGGAGCUCCAUGAUCAACAGAAAGCAUUACCAACCAAGUCCAAGGCAGACAUGCAGGACGGGAAGGGUCAGAAAUCCCCCGUAUCACUUUGGAAUGCCAAGAGUGAGCCAGAGACAUCAGAUGUCGACAAAGUGGGAGACAUAAGGAAGGAAAAGCAACAGAGGAAACUAAAAUGGAUCAAAUAUGAAGAACAACCCAACAUCCUUCAGAAUGGCUUUCAUGACAAAGUGAUUGAGCUGAAAAUUGAAGCUUUGAAGAACUACCAGAAGACCAAUGACUUCAAGUUAUCAAUGUACCUACAACACAAUUUUGAACCAAAGCAAGGAGCUUUGAAUCUUCUGAGGCCUCAAGGUAAAAUGGGUACUACAACUACGGAGAGAGCAACAACCAACAGAAAUGAACUCAAUAUGAGAAUCCCAGGAUCAAAGAACUGCACAGAACGACAAGGAGGAACUAGAGAAAGUCAGUAUGAUGACAUAGGACAGAGGCUCUUUUGUCUGAAGUCAAUGCCAGGUGACACUCUGAAGGAUUAG